ACGACUCUGCCCCCAAGUGACAAAGGAACUGAGAGACAUUGCGCGUGUUGCUGUCAAGGCGGGUACACAUACCCUGAACGGUUGAUUGAACGGCUGUGCGUGUCGCUACGUCUUGACUGGAUGUUGUGGAUUGCUACCCCAGCCACAGUUUGUAGAAAAUGACGGUUAAACACAAUCAAGUACUUAUCUUACUGGUUCUGACUCUUUCUUUCAUCAAUGACUCAGCUUCCACGUGUCCUGGGGGAGUGGCUCUUUUUGGAAGAGAAUACACAAUUGUAGGUGACAGAAGCAAGUACACACGUUUUCUGUGGGUACGACCAACUGAUGGCUGGUAUGUCGCCACCUGCAACCCCAGCUGCAGCCCCGUGGCUGGAUACAGGGCAACCAUGAACGCCACACACUCUACACUCACUAUACACAGCGUUGGGGUGGCAGAUGCUGGAACCUGGAGCAUACGGGACGCAAACGAUGCCAGUGCUAAGCCUGUCGACGUGUGUCAGCUAAAUGCAACUAAUUCCACGUGUCCGGGGGGUGUCGGUCUGCUUGGAACAGAAUACACAAUAGUAGGUGACAGAAGCAACUAUACAGGCUUUAAGUGGGUACGACCAACUGACGGUCGGUAUGUCGUCACCUGCAACCCCAGCUGCAGCCCGGUGGCUGGAUACAGGGCAACUUUGAACGCCACACGCUCUACACUCACUAUACACAGUGUUGGGGUGGCAGAUGCUGGUACAUGGAAGAUCGUUGAUGCGAAUGUAGUGGGUGCCAUCCCUGUCGACAUGUGUCAGCUGACGACAAUUGACUCAGCUUCCACGUGUCCUGGGGGAGUGGCUCUUUUUGGAAGAGAAUACACAAUUGUAGGUGACAGAAGCAAGUACACACGUUUUCUGUGGGUACGACCAACUGAUGGCUGGUAUGUCGCCACCUGCAACCCCAGCUGCAGCCCCGUGGCUGGAUACAGGGCAACCAUGAACGCCACACACUCUACACUCACUAUACACAGCGUUGGGGUGGCAGAUGCUGGAACCUGGAGCAUACGGGACGCAAACGAUGCCAGUGCUAAGCCUGUCGACGUGUGUCAGCUAAAUGCAACUAAUUCCACGUGUCCGGGGGGUGUCGGUCUGCUUGGAACAGAAUACACAAUAGUAGGUGACAGAAGCAACUAUACAGGCUUUAAGUGGGUACGACCAACUGACGGUCGGUAUGUCGUCACCUGCAACCCCAGCUGCAGCCCCGUGGCUGGAUACAGGGCAACUUUGAACGCCACACGCUCUACACUCACUAUACACAGUGUUGGGGUGGCAGAUGCUGGUACAUGGAAGAUCGUUGAUGCGAAUGUAGUGGGUGCCAUCCCUGUCGACUUGUGUCAGCUGACGACAAUUGACUCAGCUUCCACGUGUCCUGGGGGAGUGGCUCUUUUUGGAAGAGAAUACACAAUUGUAGGUGACAGAAGCAAAUACACACGUUUUCUGUGGGUACGACCAACUGAUGGCUGGUAUGUCGCCACCUGCAACCCCAGCUGCAGCCCCGUGGCUGGAUACAGGGCAACCAUGAACGCCACACACUCUACACUCACUAUACACAGCGUUGGGGUGGCAGAUGCUGGAACCUGGAGCAUACGGGACGCAAACGAUGCCAGUGCUAAGCCUGUCGACGUGUGUCAGCUAAAUGCAACUAAUUCCACGUGUCCGGGGGUUGUCGGUCUGCUUGGAACAGAAUACACAAUAGUAGGUGACAGAAGCAACUAUACAGGCUUUUUGUGGGUACGACCAACUGAUGGCCGGUAUGUCGCCACCUGCAACCCCAGCUGCAGCCCCGUGGCUGGAUACAGGGCAACUUUGAACGCCACACACUCGACACUCACUAUACACAGUGUUGGGGUGGCAGAUGCUGGUACAUGGAAGAUCGUUGAUGCGAAUGUAGUGGGUGCCAUCCCUGUCGACGUGUGUCAGCUGACGACAAUUGGAUCAACAAGCUCGGACACCGCCAUCACGUCAUCGUCCAGCCGUCUCUCUUCUUCAACAACUCCAAGGUCCACGACUGUUGUUGAAGGUUGGGUUUCUCCAGGUGCUAUUGCCGCAAUUGUGAUCCCCAUCGUGAUCGUUCUUGCUAUAAUGGUCUUUUUAAUUAUAUUACUCUGAGAGGAAAUCAUAUUAACGAAAGGUUGGAGGUUUGUGUUGGUGCAGAAAGUAGAAGCAACUCCUAUACUGAUAUCUUGAUUCAAUACUCAGUACUUGUACCCACAAAAGCUUGUGUAAGAUAAGAGGUAUCUAGAUAUUUAAAUCUCAAGAUCAAAAACUGUUUUCCCGAAUAUCCAAUGCAUAUGUAAAGUCCUGUCUACCAACAACAACAACUGGCGACAAAGGAAACUACAAGAAGCCAUUGACGUCAGGAGACACUAGCCAGUCAUGAACCGUGACCAGGGAACCUAUCUGCCUGGUGCUUAGGACUUGUCGGGGCUAAUUGUCUAGCUAGCUUCAAUUCUUACGCCUAUCACCCCCCACCCCCCACCCCUAUUUGCCAAGUGUCCAUUACCAAUUACUUAACUUAAGCGUUGGCUUACAUUAUCUAUUGCUAACUUAAGUGUUGGCUUACAUUAUCUUUUGCUAAUCAUCUAUCAGCGCCAAUCAUCUGUUUUGUUGGCUUCCUUUGUUAGCUUGUACCCUUUGUUAUUUUCCACCUUUUGUUAUUUUAUUCAUUUUGUUGUACCUACAAAU